CAUUGUUGCACUUGAGGGGCGGGGCCGGGAGCAUCAGCUGCAAUAUGGCGGCUGAUUACUGGGAGCUGCAGAAAACCGAGAUUGUAUCAGAUUGAACCGAACCACAGAGAACCCGUUCAGACAGGGACCAGGACUUCUGAUCACACCAAGGCUAAUGUUUGCCACCUGGACUUUGAUGGUGCAGGCGUGGCCGUGAGGCUGGCGGCCUCUCUCACUUCAACAUCACGACCCCCUCUGCCUCCCCGGCCCCCUUUCAUGGAGAGGAUGAGGAAGAUCAAGCGGCAGCUUUCACUCACUCUAACAAGGGAUCGGGCCGGAGGCGGAGGUAGAACGCAGAGUGACACCAACAACCAGGAAGUGGCAUCACACAGUGAUUCAGAGGUGUCUCUGCACUCGUCUGGAGGUUUGAACGGUCGACCGUCAUCAUCGCUACAGACUCUUCUUCAGUCGUAUCGGAAACCACGACUGGGACGUAGUUUGAGCUCAUAUUUGAACCACGCUAAUAGACUAGAAAUCGUCCAUGAGGAUGUAAAGAUGAGCUCGGAUGGUGAAAGUGAUGCAGCAUCUUCAUCAGAUGAUGUCCAGAGUCCAGUCAGAGUCCGACUGAGGAACAAGAAGGUCUCAACUGAGGACAUCAACAAACGUCUGUCUUUACCGGCAGACAUCCGUCUUCCUGAUGACUAUCUGGAGAAGUUUAACCUGAUUGGUCCAUCUCUGUUUGAACAGCCAAUCAGCAGGCAACUGCGGAGAGUCUCUCUGUCAGAGAUUGGUUUUGGGAAACUGGAAACUUACGUUAAACUGGACAAACUGGGAGAGGGAACCUACGCCACAGUGUACAAAGGGCGCAGUAAAUUGACCGAGAAUCUUGUUGCUCUCAAGGAAAUCAGACUGGAGCAUGAAGAAGGAGCUCCAUGCACAGCCAUUAGAGAGGUGUCUCUGCUAAAGGAUCUGAAACAUGCCAAUAUCGUCACACUUCAUGACAUCAUCCACACACAGAAGUCUCUCACACUGGUUUUUGAGUACCUGGACAAAGAUCUGAAACAGUACCUGGAUGACUGUGGAAACACCAUCCAUGUUCACAAUGUCAAACUCUUCCUGUUCCAGCUACUACGAGGUCUGUCCUACUGUCAUCGCAGGAAAGUUCUUCACCGGGACCUGAAACCUCAGAACCUUCUGAUUAACGAGAGAGGAGAACUUAAACUCGCUGACUUUGGUUUGGCCCGCGCAAAGUCAAUUCCUACAAAAACGUAUUCUAAUGAGGUGGUGACCUUGUGGUACCGACCCCCUGACAUUCUAUUGGGCAGUACUGACUACUCGACUCACAUCGACAUGUGGGGUGUAGGCUGUAUCUUCUAUGAGAUGGCUACCGGCCGUCCAUUGUUUCCGGGUUCGACAGUGGAGGAAGAACUUCACUUCAUCUUCAAACUGCUUGGGACACCGUCAGAACAUACAUGGCCUGGAAUCUGUUCUAAUGACGAGUUUGUGGCUUAUAAAUAUCCUCAGUACAGAGCAGACACACUGAGCCACCACACACCCAGGCUCAGCAUUGAAGGUGUGGACUUGUUGUCAAAGUUCCUAAAGUUUGAAGGGAGGAAGAGAAUUUCUGCUGAUGAUGCUCUUCAACAUUAUUACUUCAAAGUCUUUGGAAGCAGAGUUAUGUCACUUCCUGACACUGCUUCAAUCUUCAGUCUCCCAGGGAUUCAUUUGGAAAAAGAAACAUUGAGAAAAACAACUGAGCCAGCUAAUAGCCCAAACAGGAGGCGGACUUUCUUCUUACAUCAUCAGGGGUUGGGAUCUUCUGAACUGACAUAAAAAAAAAACAAUUAAAAAAAAAAGAAUAAUUACAUCUGCUCUUGUCAAGGAAUCAGAAGCACCAACAUUAACACAUGAAGAUAAUGUGAUGUGACUGAAUGAAUUGUCUUCCAUUUGACGUACAGACCACCUGCUGCUGCUUCCCCUUUUUUAACAACCAAUAAUGAUUCAAACAAUCCAAUUGAUCUAUACAGUAGAUCAAUGAUGAAAGAAACCUAGGAAAUGAACACUUGAAAAGAUGAUGUUUGAGGAAUAAACCUCAACAAAUCAGUAAGCAAUCACUCAAUAACGAAUCAAUGCUUGGUCAGUGUCCUGCUCCUUGGUUUUUUUCUGUUCUACAAUGGUACACUGGGUGGUUUGGCUAAUGCUAGUGCAACUAGUACACGUGUUGUAACAGAGGAAAAGUGGGGUUGUCAGUUGUCGGUGUUUUUGGUUAAUUGCUGCUUGCAUGAAGCUAGCUGCUUAUAGACAGCCAAUUUUUUUCUUGUUGUCCGAGAUAAUCUUUUCUCUAUUCUUGCUGAAUGUUGUGUACAACUACCUACGAACUGUACUCUAUUUUCUCGCUGCACUGAAACACUGGGAAAAAAAUGACUAUGUUUUUUCCAGACUGAAGUGAACCCACAGUAGUUGUCAUGUUUUUCUUUUCUUUUUUUUAACAAAUGUUAUUUUGAAGGGAACGGUGGUACAGUUAGCCUAUGUUAGCAGUACUACUACAAAUAUGUACAUAUUUAUAAUCACAGGUCAUUUACAGACCUGCUUCUAGCCAGUAUGAAAUGCAGUUGAGUUUUACGAUGUUAGCAGUACUACUUUUAACGUGUAAUUAUAACAUCCUGCUAGCUGUAUUACUGUUAGCCAAUAUACUAUGCUAUUGACUGUACUGUGUUAGACUAAAUUAGUAGUACAGGAAACAUGUACAGUUUUACCGUUAGCAAUACUGCUGUUACCAUGUGUAUGCAGUAGUACUGUAAUGUGUUCUGUUGACAUUUCUAAGCAGUACUAUUGUUGGCAUGUAUGGAGGUUUAGCUUUAGCAUGUUAACAUUACUAUUGUAAAAACAAAUGGGGUAGCUUUUACGCAACGCUUUUAUCUUUUAUUUUAAACAUUGUUAAUGUAUAUUGUUUAGUUUAUUUACAUUCUAUUGGUUUGUCAGCGUCUCAUUGCAGGCUUUUUUUGAAAUAGUUGACAGACUUUGAGACUUUCUCUGCUCCAACAUUAAUGUUUGUAUUUUAUGUCAAUUAUACAUCGAUAUAUAUACAUAUAUUACAUAUAUUUGGGGGUUUUUUUUCAGAGAUUUUAGUAUUAUUUUAAUAUAGAAAUGUUCUGCAAUCUGAAUACAUCUUAGCAAUAUUAAAGUAUUGAUGAAAAAACAUGAAUUUAAUUAGUUUUAAAUAACCACCUGUUUAAACUAAACAGAUUUUUUUCCCUUGUUUUCUGCUUCCGAAACAACAAUAAAAUCAUUUGAUUUUAAAGUAAUUACAGAUCAGAAAACAAAUGCUCUGUUUAUCACCAUGAAAAACUUAACCCUAACCUCUAUGUCAGUGGAUGAAGUCAGUGUGAACGUGAGAAUGUAGUAUGUACUCUAGAAUGUGUAUAUGGUGUCAACACCAGGGUCAGAAAUCAACAGUAGUUUUUCAUUAAAAUGAUCCUUUUUAUUUAUUUAUUUUUAAAUACAUACAAAAUGAUCCCUAUUUGUAGCUCUUACUUAAUUUUGGCAGACUAUAUUUUUCUGGAUUGAUUUUUACUUAUCUUGGCAUUUUGUGUUAAUUUGUAUUUAGUGUAGGUGAUGUGAGUUUUUUUCUAGUGGGUAAUUUUUUGUUAUUUUAGGGCUAAAUCUUAUUAUGUUUAUUGAAUGUAUCCAUCUAUUAUGUAAAGCUUAUUCCUGUGCAGGGACGCAGGGGUGGGAGAAGGACACUAUGGACAGUUCUCCAUUCUUUAUUGAAUACAUUUCAAACAUUUUUAUUUUUGUCCGUCUUCCAGUUACUUGUGUAAUUUUAUGUCUUAUCUCAGUAAAGUUAACGAUAGAUUUCAGAGAUCAUGAAAAGGUCACUCCAGUAAUAAAAUAAGAAUAAAAUUACCAGAGGUCCUAGGAUUGCUGCUCCUGGUUUUGAAAGUAAAGAUCAGAUCUGAGAUUUUAUUGUGAAGUGAUUGUAAAUAUUUGAUUUCCAGCUAGUAUUUAUUUCUUUAUAGAAGAAAGCAUUAAUAACAAAAACAAAAAGGGUCAUAAUUAGAUAAGCUUUGCCAAAAGGUGCCUUUUGUUUUUGUCUUUUUGUUUUCUUAAAUAAUUAAAGCAAUUAUUUGUUUGUUAAAAUCGAUCCAUAUAAUUUUUUUUUUGUAAAUGGAAAAACAAUUUUGUUUAUAAACAAAGGUAAUUUGCAAUAUGCCGAAAUUGCACUGCAUGAUUGGAGUUUUCUUCAUGCAUUUAUUCUUCCAUCUGCUGAGCCUGACCUGAUGUCAGAAGCCAAAUUAGGGGAAGUGUAUUGUUUUACUCCCUGUAUAAAGUCACAGAAUAUGGAAACCUAUAAUAAUAAACAUUUAUUAUCUC